AUGUUGUGGCAUAUGGUUUACUCUCUUCUCUUACUAUCUCUACUUUCUAGGUGUACCGGAGAUGAAUCUUUGCCUGAAGUAACCGAUUAUGAAGAAGCUCCAAUGGACAAAAGAGAACGAGAAGCUUUAUACUCUGCGGUUCAAGGAUUUGUUGGUGAUUCUUGGAAUGGAUCUGAUCUCUAUCCUGAUCCUUGUGGUUGGACUCCAAUUCAGGGUGUUUCCUGUGAUAUCUACAAUGACUUGUGGUAUGUCACGGAUUUGAGUUUAGGGCUUAUUCAUGAAAACUCGCUUGCUUGCUCCUCAAGUCUUGAGUUAAGGCCAGAGUUAUUUGAGCUGAAGCACUUAAAAUCUCUCUCCUUCUUCAACUGCUUUAUCUCUCCUAUGGUGAUAGCUAAAGAAGACUGGAUAAACUUUGCUUCUAGCUUAGAAUCGCUCGAGUUCAGAUCCAAUCCCGGUCUCAUUGGGAAACUUCCUGAGACAGUUGGCAAUCUCACAAAUCUGAAGUCUUUAGUGGUUCUUGAAAAUGGGUUCAACGGAGAAUUACCAGCUAGUAUCUGCAACUUAAAGAGUCUAAAGCGGAUGGUUUUAUCAGGGAACGCGUUCAAGGGAAUGAUCCCAAAUUGUUUCAAAGGGUUGAAAGAGCUCUUGAUCUUGGAUUUGAGCCGCAACUCAUUCUCAGGGACAUUGCCUUCAUCUGUUGGAGAUUUGUUUUCAUUGCUCAAGCUCGAUCUAAGCAAUAACCUAAUAGAAGGAAAUCUACCUCAAGAAAUUGGGUUUUUGAAGAACUUGACACUUUUGGAUCUGAGGAACAACAGAUUCUCUGGUGGGUUGUCCAACAACAUUGAAAAGAUCCAAUCUUUAACGGAAUUGGUGUUAUCGAACAAUCCAAUGAGUGAUGAAGACAUGAUGGGAAUAAAGUGGGGAAAGAUGGGCAGUUUGGUUAUUUUGGAUGUAUCCAAAAUAGGCUUGAGAGGUGAGAUUCCCAUUGGUCUAACCAAUCUGAAAAGGUUAAGGUUUCUUGGUCUGAACAACAACAAUCUAACCGGUUUUGUUCCAUCAGAAAAGCUUGAGGCUCUACCUUGUCUUGGUUCACUAUACAUCAAUGGAAACAACCUAACAGGCGAGCUUAGAUUCUCUAGAAAGUUCUACGAGAAGAUGGGAAGAAGAUUUAAAGCUUCGAAGAAUCCAAAUCUUUGUCAACCAUUUGAGAUGGUAAUGUCAGAAUCUCAUAGGCAUGUAGCUCCUCUUGGGGUGAAGCCAUGCACUUAA